AUGGCCGCGGCGCCUCCUUUAGAAAAGCCUUCAGUGCCAGUCCCAGUGGGCAUCGAGGUGGAAACGAAAGAGGUCGCCCUCCCACCUCUCAGGACGAAUGGCUUCCUAGACACACUCCUCGACACAUAUCGAUCCAUCCAAGAGCGAAGAGAAGCGCUGGGGCUCAGUCAUCCUGGCACGGUGGAUGGAAUCGCGAAAGAGGUGCAGCGCGAUGUCUUCCUCACCAACCAGACCUUCUCAGGUCUGCGCGCAGAGCUCAACAAAAGCUUCUCCAUCAUGCCGCUCUUCCAGAUAAGCCAUGCCUUUGCAAGCGGCUCACAGAUGCUUUCGCCCUACACAUUCUUGGCUCUCUAUGGCACCAACAACACACUCUGCCAGGCACAACUAGACUCCGACGCUUCUUUCUCCGCUCGAUUCAACCAGCGCCUCACGAACCGAUUGAUCUUCAAGUCUUCCGUACAGAUUCAGCCUUCAUCCGGCAUGAGCCCGGGCGGUGCGCAAGUAUCGCUAGAGCAGGACUACACCGGCGACGACUUCACCGCAUCGAUCAAGAGCAUCAACCCAAGUGUAUUGGCAGGUGGAUUGACUGGCAUGUUCAUCGCAUCUUACCUGCAGAGCGUCACUCCACGACUAGCACUUGGACUCGAGGGAGUACUGCAGAGACCUGGCGGUGGUCAAGGUCCAGAGGCGGCGCUCAGCUACGCAGGAAAAUACAAGGGUGAUGAUUGGAUCGCAAGCGCACAGUUCUUGACACAAGGUGGUCUGCAAUUGAGCUACUGGAAGAGGCUCAUGGACAAGGUGGAGACUGGUGUGGACGUCAACUUGCAGUUCGCCGGCCUUUCUGGCGCCGACGCCAUGAUGGGCGGUGCACGGAAAGAGGGUGUCGCGACAUUGGGUGCUAAGUACGAGUUCUCGCGAUCCAUCUUCAGGGCACAGGUCGACAGCCAAGGUAAGCUCGGAUGUCUGCUCGAGAAGGUCAUUGCACCACCGGUUCGCGUCACUUUCGCUGGCGAGAUUGACCACGCAAAGAACUCCGCAAAGCUCGGCCUUGCAGUGUCCAUCGAAGCAUCCGGCGAAGAGCUCAUGGAGCAGCAAGACAAGAUCGUGCCCGCCAUCCCACCGUUCUAA